UUCGAUUUUCUUGAUAUCAAAAUCUACUUAAUUGGUGUUUUUGCUGCUUCAAUCGCUAUUCUAUCGAUCUAUUUCAAUACUUUUUUUACGAUAGUUUUUACGCAGAAUCCUUCGUUAAGAAGAACACCUAUUUAUUAUUUUGGCAUAUUGGCGAUCGUUGAUAUUAUUAUGGCAUUCAAUUAUAUUGCUUUGAUGGUUGUGCCAGUAUAUAUGGAUCAGUUUGGUUUUCUUUGGCUUUAUCAUAUAUUUUUGUCAUAUCUGAGACCUGUGAUAACAGAAAGUAAUAUUGCAAUGUUCUCAUCGCUGUUGCUAAUUUUAUUUGCGACGACUGAACGACUUAUGCGAACUUUUAAGUCUCAACAAUGUUUUACAAUUAUGGAGAGGAAUAGGCCAAACGUUUGCCUCUUAUGUAUCGUAAUUUCCAUGAUAUAUAAAACAUGUAUUUACUUUGAAAUUCAUUACGUUGAGUUAUCGAAUUUAAAUCCGUCUUUUAUACUAACUCUUUACCAAAUAUGUUGCAAUAAUUUUCAGGAUGCAACUCGAGCUCUAGUAAGUGUUGUAACAAUGUAUUUGAUGUCACAAUCGCUUCAAGUAGUCAUCACAUUUUGUGAAGCUUUUCAUAAACAUUCUCUUGAAAAUGAUUAUUAUGAAUAUUAUUCUUAUAUCAAUGAUCUCACUAGUAUAAUGACACUACUAUCAAGCUGCUUACGAUUUCCUGUUUAUUACAUAUGCAAUCGACCAAUAAAAUUAGCGACUCAGACAACAUUAAAGCGCUUGAAUCUAAUAUCCGUGAAAUCGAAAUCAACUGCACCAAUUGAAAUUCCAUCGAAAACAAUGAACGUGGAAAAUGGAUCACAAUCUACAAAAAUAAGCGACUACCUAGAACCCACCCGAAUAUGCAACGAUAAUCGGAAUAGAUUUAUGAGCAGAGAAUGGUCCUUGUGA